GCCACGCCUCUAAUUAAAUAUGGCGGCCGUUUUGCAGUUCUUUAUGUAUUUUGUUCUUUUUUUCUGUCCGCUAUGUGUUUGGAGUGGAGACAGGGAGACAUCAUUACUGAUAAUAAUGAAUUCAAUCAGUGAAAUUGAAGCAAAGCAAAAUGAUAAUAAUAUUAAUGAAUGGAAACAAGAAAUGACUCAAUUUAAUAAUAUUCAACUACUUGUUCCACUGGAACAGUUCAGUUCAAUCCAUAUUCAUUCAUUAGCACCUUUAAUGGAAAGAAUUUAUUCAAAUUAUAAAGAUAUCGAUUGGUUUCUUUUUGUGAGACCAGACGUUAAAAUUAACUUUAAUAACUUGCAGUCAUUUCUAUUGAAGCAUGAGGGUCCUAAGUCAAAACCUUAUUUCAUCGGAUAUGCUCUGAAAGAUGAUGUGUACAGUAUCAUUCAUCACUUUAUUCCAGCUGGUAGUUUAGACUAUCCUUCACCUGAAGGUUUUCUAAUGAGCAAUAGCGCAAUGAAGAGAGUUUCUAAAAACAUAAAAUCAUUUAAACCAUCUUUUACCAUAGACCCUAGCUAUGAGCUAUCAUUGUUCCUUAAGUACAUGAAAUCUCCUUCUCUCUCCGACAUGUUCCCCACUCCUCCCCCUCCCUCCUCCACUGGGGUCCUCCUCACUCACUCAAAGAGGUUCUGUGUUGCUGGUAACCAUGGAAACGACUGUGUCAUAGAGUCUCGUGAUAGUGGGACAUAUUGCCUAUUGCCUCCGGUUUCCAAAGACAACGUUUUCUUUGCCAUCAAAACGUGUGAAAAAUAUCACAAGGAAAGAAUUCCUAUACAGUUGAGAACUUGGACCGCACCCGCUGCUGGUUUAAGAUUACAAUAUUACAGUGACGUUGCUGAUUCUAAUUAUAGGACGGUCUCAAUUGGCUUGCCUAAUACAGAAAGAGGUCACUGUGCGAAACUGCUUGAGAUAUUUCGUGUGUCUUUUAAUGAUCAUGAAUUUGAUUGGCUAGUUAUUGCCGAUGACGACACCUUAAUUAGUGUGCCACGACUGCUCUCUUUCCUUGGUUGCUAUGACAGCAGUGUUUCCAUGGUGAUAGGAGAGGUGUAUGGUUACCAGCUAGGAGAGGGAGGUUACCUCUACCCCACAGCAGGAUCAGGUGUUGUAUUAAGUAGACCUGCUGUUCACACUCUCCUCCAGUCUAACAUUAAGUGUCCUUCUCCUGAUUAUCCUGAUGACAUGUUUCUUGGUGCAAUGAUUCGCUCAUUAAGGAUUCCGCUACUGCACACGCCUCUUUUGCAUCAAAAUCAGCCUGGUAGUUAUAAUAAGUUAUUAAUUAACGAAAGAGCAUUGUCAUUCCAUCGCUUUAAACCAGAGGAUCCAAUGAUGAUAUACAAGGAAUACCUAACUAAUAAUAAUAAUAAUAAUAAUAAUAAUAAUAAUAAUAAUAAUAAUAAUAAUAAUAAUGAUAAUGGUAGAACUGAGCUUUAGCCAUGCAAUCUUCAUUAAUCAUUCAUCGAUCAUUAACUUUCUGUAAUAAUUGAUUAAUUUUUGUUGAUAUAAUUGUAAUAUUA